UUAAUUAAUUGACGAAAGAAAAGAAAUAAUAAGGAGAAGAUACCUUAGUUUCAGUUUUAGGUUUUAAAUCUCAUAAUAUUUCUCUAAACUUUUUCUUGUAAUUUAUUUAGGAGAAGGUAGCAAAAAUACUGCUGAGAAAAUACCAGAUGACACUGUAGACCGGAGUCUUUUCGUUAUGGAUGGCAUAGACCCUACCCCUAAGAGCAAUAGAUCAAUAAAGACCGGCCUAACUUUUGUAUUGUGCAUAUUUAUUUUGAAUUUCUGAAAAUAUGAUGUAAUAAUUAAAGAACUACUAUGUAUAUAUUCUUAUAAUGAAAUAUAGCCAUGCGCUAUUCCUGGGAAAUUGUGUGCAUGUUUUAGAUUAUAGAGAUGUUUUAUAGCUCAAGUUCGCGUUCCCCUUAUAUCCCAAAACGGGGGCGUGACAAGAUGGUAUCAGAGCAAAGUCAACCGUAAGUUGACUUGCUGUAAACCUAGGGAACGACAUGGAAACCUAGACUUAGGAUAAGUUGCACGCUACGCUUAUGAUUCAAACUUAUUUUUUAAAAAGAUAGGAAACUCUAAAUUUUGAUGCGUUGCAGAGUUAUGGAAGACGGAGGUGAAGGAUCAUCGCAAGGCACGAAAACCGAAACUACCCCCGAUGUGACACAAAUGUUCCAAGAAAUGGCUAGGCAAUUCGUCGCAGCCAUAACUGAUUUCAGAGGUGAGGCACCUCGUGACGUGGAGCAAGGUUGCCCAUUUAAAAGAUUUGAAAGGCUUAACAUCCCUAUGUUUGAUGGGAAACAAGGUCCUAUAGAGUCUGAAAAUUGGCUAGUAGACGUUGAAGAAAUAUUACGGCUGGCAGGAUGUACAGAGGAACAGAAGGUACAAUAUACAGCUUACAGACUAUCUGGUGAAGCCAAACGAUGGUGGAAUGCCAAGAAAGUACUACUAGUCCAAGAAUUAGGAAGUGAAAGGGCGAUCUCUUGGGAACGUUUUCAAAAGGAGUUCCUUCAGCAUUACUUCCCUAAAAUCCUCAAAGACGCUAGAGCACGAGAAUUUAUGGACCUCACCCAAGGGAAUAUGACAGUUGCUCAGUACGCUGCUCGUUUUAAUGAGUUAGCUCGCUUUGCUCCAUAUUUGGUAGCAGAUGAGGAGAAUCGAGUGAGAAAGUUUGAACAAGGUCUCAACCCCCAAAUACUCGAUCGAGUGGUAUGUCUAGAGAUUCACGACUUUGUGGAAUUGGUGAACAAGGCUUCCUUGGCUGAGGAAAGUUUGAAGAGGAAUGCCAUAGCAAUGGCAGAUUCACGGAAAAGAACAGUACCCGCAAUGAACGGUAACCAACCCUCUUGGAAACGGAGGCAGAAUGGAGGCAACCAAGGAGUUAAUUUUAUGGGGAACAGACCAGCCUCAUCCAACGACAUGCUUUGCCCUAAAUGUAACCGUCGUCAUCAAGGGCAAUGUCGUAUAGGAACCAACGUAUGCUUUUGGUGUGGUCAGACCGGACAUUUCAUACGAGAUUGCCCCACUGCAAGGGUAGGAGCCAAAUCCGAGCAAAAGGGAAAUGGACAGAAGCAGUUUGCUCAAGCUAGAGUAUACGCUCUCACACCAGGCAAUGCAGAGACAAAAGAAUGAAGUGGUGACAGAUGACACUGUAGACCGGAGUCUUUUCGUUAUGGAUGGCAUAGACCCUACCCCUAAGAGCAAUAGAUCAAUAAAGACCGGCCUAACUUUUGUAUUGUGCAUAUUUAUUUUGAAUUUCUGAAAAUAUGAUGUAAUAAUUAAAGAACUACUAUGUAUAUAUUCUUAUAAUGAAAUAUAGCCAUGCGCUAUUCCUGGGAAA